UGGGAGCGUUCCACCGCCCGGGGGCUAGUGCGCCUGCGCGCACGGAGCGUGCGCUUGGGGGAGUGGGCGGCAUCUUAGCAGGGCGUGGCCCGGGCCGUGAGUGUCCCUGCGCGCCCCGCGUUGUCCUGCACGGCCCCGCCCGCAGCACCCACCGGCCAUGUCCAAGUCCCUGAAGAAGAUCGUGGAGGAGAGUAGGGAGAAGAGCCAGCCGGAGGUGGACAUGUGUGACCGGGGCAUCUCUAACAUGCUGGACGUCUCUGGCUUGUUCACUCUGUCCCACAUCACACAGCUGGUUCUCAGUCACAACAAGCUCACAACUGUGCCACCAAACAUUGCAGAUCUGAAGAAUUUAGAAGUGCUUAACUUUUUCAACAACCAGAUUGAGGAGCUGCCUACGCAGAUUAGCAGCCUUCAGAAGCUCAAACACCUGAAUCUUGGCAUGAACAGGUUAAAUACCUUGCCUAGAGGAUUUGGAUCUUUACCAGCUCUGGAGGUUCUUGACUUGACUUAUAACAACUUAAAUGAAAAUUCCCUGUCUGGAAACUUUUUCUAUCUGACCACCCUGCGUGCACUCUAUCUAAGUGACAACGAUUUUGAAAUCCUGCCGCCAGAUAUUGGGAAGCUCACAAAGUUGCAGAUACUGAGCCUUAGGGACAAUGACCUGAUAUCACUGCCUAAAGAAAUUGGUGAACUCACUCAGCUUAAGGAACUUCAUAUCCAGGGAAACCGUCUUACUGUGCUGCCCCCAGAACUAGGUAAUUUGGAUUUGACUGGUCAAAAGCAAGUCUUCAAAGCAGAGAAUAAUCCCUGGGUUACCCCUAUAGCAGAUCAGUUCCAGCUGGGAGUAUCUCAUGUUUUUGAAUAUAUUCGUUCAGAAACAUAUAAGUAUCUCUAUGGCAGACAUAUGCAGGCAAAUCCCGAACCUCCAAAGAAGAACAAUGAUAAGUCAAAGAAGAUCAGUCGUAAACCUCUGGCAGCGAAGAACAAAUAAGUCACUAGCAUGUGCCAGCGUUUUUAAGGCUUUUUUUCUUUUUUUUCCUGCAUGUGCCUAAAAUAUUUCUAAAUGUUUACUGAAGAAAUGCUGUUACCCAUUUUAUAAAAAAGCAAAGACUCUCUUCAAUCAACAGCAAUCUGCCAAAUGCACUGCUUUUAAGACCUUGCUUAAGGAAUACAAUAUUAUACAUUCUCCUAAUUACUACUAAAGCCAUGUAGCCAAUUAGUAUAUCACUAUCAGACACCAUUUUUAACUUUUAUAUUUAUAUGUAUAUGAAAAACAAUGAAAUAUUUUCUGUUCACAUAUAUCACAUGUCCUGUUUUGCUUUAUAAUUUUUCCAGCACAAGUACGUAAAUAUAAAACGUAUAAUAUUACAUGUGAUUUUAAUAAAAUCUUUAUUUGUA